GUUUGAACAAAAAUUUCUUUUGCACGUGUUUCGUUACCCGCCUUUUCCAAUCGCAUAUGUUCAGUGAUAUCCGAUUUAACUGUUUAUUAUUCAGGAUGAAAUUAAUGCAGGCGAAAUUGUACGGACGCAUGCGUGAUGUGAAAUGAAAACAGAUUCCUUUGAUGUAUUCUCGUGGUAUUUUCGCACGAUGCAGUAAGAAAUUUCGUGUUAUACUCGUCGUUCGUACUGCGUAGACGAUAAACAUUUAAACAAUUACCUAAAUAUUAGAUUGUAAUAUUAACUUUCGCUGUUAACGUUUCCGAAGUAUUUUCAGAAAACAGUUCAAUCCCUCGCGGUCAUGUAACGAUUCCCCGUUUUCUAAAAUACCAUUUCUCGAGCAUCUCUCAACUUAAUAAACGUGUAAAUACAUAAUCUAACAAUUGAUUAAAACCGAAUUUAAUUAGCACAAGGCACUAUUAUUUUACACGACAUAGGAAUCACAAACUCUUAACAAUAGAAAUUAUUAGCAGAACAUGAUUGCAUUUAUGAAUCUUAUAAAUACUACUUAAUUUAGAUGCAUCUAUCCUUUAAUUUUAUCAAACGACGAGUUCGACAGAGAAUAUAAUAGUUAAGAUAGUUGAUAAGUGAAUGAAGUUAAUAUAUAGAUAAUAAUACUUUUGCUUUAUUCAAUUAUGUUUCAAGCAUGCUUAAAUAGGAUCAUUAGUAUUUUAUUGAAGUAUGCACGCACGAAGGAGAGACAGUGCAUGAGAUUCUCUGAAAGGAGAUCCAGAAAGAGAAUGAAACACUGGCUGAAUCUGCUCUUACGCAGGUUGCCCCUAAUUUUUCCAAAAAUGGCACGUGUGAAAUUAAGUAAAAGAUGCAACACGUUCAUGUGCACAAUGGCCCAACGAAGAAAAAACAAAGUGAAAUUUUAUACAGAUAUGGAUACUUUUUAUCAAUGCUUCUAUGCAUGAUACUUGCGUCUGUUAAACCACAGUUUGGUAAAACAAACGGUAUUCUCAAUGGGAACGUUAUCACCCGAUAUUUUAUAGUUCCCUUAACAUACUUAGAAGCAGGCCUAAUCUGUGAUCCCAAGACGCUUUAUUUAACAUUGACCAAUGGUUCUCUUCUAGUAUUUACAAUGAUUUUUAUAUACGUGCUGAUGCCUUUCGUGAUGAGGCUUGGAGUAUGCUUCUUAACUUAUGCCAAUGUCAAUGUGUGGCUCUUAAAAGGAAUGGAAGUGCUUUACUGCAUGCCACCCCCGUUCAAUACCAGUUUCGUCCUGUGCAGAUUGGCACAAGCAGACUUGUCAACGAGUGUUGUGAUAACUUUAGUCUCCCAUUUUGGAGGAUUAUUCAUAUCUCCUGUGCUAUUGUACUUCGUGCUAGGAGCAUCGACACCACCCCUGGUCGGUGUGAACGUGAAAGAGACGAUUUAUAGUACAAUCAUACCGUUGAUCAUCGGUAUCACGAUUCAAGUCCACAUUUUGAAGUACGACUUCUUGCCUAAGUUUAAAUCACCGUGGUUUUCUCAGGGUCUCUUAUUAGCCACAGCAUACCACUGGUUCUGCGAUGCUGUGUUAAUAGAUGCAUCGUCUUUACAAGCGAUCGAUGUACUGUUAUGCGUAUUAAUCGCUUGCGUGGGACAACUGUUUGUUAGCUGUUUGUGUUGGAUUUUAUGCUCCCGGUGGUUACCCCGGGAAAUAUUACUAGCCGUGCUGUUUUCGAUUACUCACAAGUCGGCGGGCCUCGGUAGCUGGGUCCUACGUGGUGCUUAUCACGGUUCGGCCCAUAGCCCGACAGUGAAUUUACCAUUGUCCGUACUACCAGUUGCACAAUUACUAUUGGGUAGUUUGCUGGCUGGUUGGUUGUCCCCUUAAUCUAAAACACAAUUAACUUUCCGUGCAAUUACACUGCUUUCGUUCAAACUGGCAUGCACUCACCGAUGUGCUUCUCAAUGUAUUUUUAAGUAUAUUAUUCGGUACUUAAGCUUCCCAGUGAAGGUAUACAUGUACAUUAAUUUUGUCAUGGAGAAAGGAGAAAAAAAUUAAUAUCUUUCACAGGAAUUUCAAAACUAAGGCAUUCUGGGUAUUACUUAUUAAGGUAUCUAAAAUCUAAUAUAGAUGAUAAAUCAAAUGCCUUAGUAAAUAGUGUUC